AAAACGUGAAACAAGCAAAUCGUAGCAGUUUUAAAUGCGCUCGAAGAAGAAGCAUCGAGACCACGGAACAUAACCGGCAAAAAAAUAUCAAAGAAAAUCGUAUUUUUGAUAUUUUGGGGCGAAUCAGAACGAGUCGCGGGUGCAGUUUUUCGAUCAAAAUUAAAUAGCCAACGGGUUGCUUUUCAUGGCCGUGCAAUCGAUGCAAUAAAUGCAAGACAAGUGUCGAAAAAGGAGAGAAAACAGUCGCGCAAAAAAAAAAGAGAAGUUGGGGCAUGAAAACCAGUUAUGUAUUCGCGCAGCCAGUGUUUCCUUUUUGCCGAGUUUUUUAAAUCCAAGAAAUGUUAAUGAAAGUGUCGUGCAAUGGGGCCGAAGCGUUAAUAAAUCAAACCACCAGCAGCAACUUACUUGGAGGCGACACCAAUUCCCCUCCCCCUCUCCAACAUUAAUAAGCCAAAAACCGAUUUCCUGCCAAGAUCUGUGCGUUUAACUAAAAAAAAAAUUUUAAUUGUGCAACAACUACAACAACAACAAUAGCAACGGCAGCGGAGUCUCAACAAUUGGCACAAUUGGCGAUAAAUCAGCAGCAGCAGCACCAGCCCUACCAUCACUGGUGUGAACUUUAGCAGACGCAGCAGAAAAACACAAACAAACGAAAAUAGCGGUGCAUUACAACAAAAAAAAGGGAAAACGAAUAAAUCUACGAACAACGAAGUGCGAGAAAGCCAGAUAGUCCAACUUAUUAGCAUUGCAACUCGUGAGAGUAAAAGUGCAGCAGAAAAAGAGAAGACAAGAGAGUGAUAAGAAGCUAUUAACUCAAGAGAGCUAAUCACUACCACCCUAACAAGAAGAAGCAGCCGAAAGUGGGGGAGUGAUAAGCUGUCAUCUCCAAAGAGCGAGAGAGAGAGAGUGGGAGUGGGAGUGGGAGUUCAUCUCACAACUUGAGCCCAAGUGGGAGGUGGAGAAAACAACUCAAGAGAAGGGCCACCGGAAGCAGGGGGCAGGCCACUUGAGUAUCGAUUGCGUUUUGGCCAGGUUCCAGUGUUGGCAACCGUUGAUUGACGUGCAGCGGGCGGGGAUCGGGGCUUUCAGCAUGUGGCCCUAGACAAAAGCUACAAAAAAAAAGAAAGAAAGAGAAACAAACUACAAAAGUGCAAGGGAGAGCGGGAAGGAGAACCACUUGGCAUUCAGGCAGCGAAGCAUAACCAGGCGGUUUGGUUAGACCGGAAAAGCGUCGAUGAGUUGAGUUCCCUCCGCUCCUCUACCAGGAAUCCCCACCACCAGGCCUCCCCCUCCAAAAAAAACCCGUCCACAAUGGAUGCAUCACCCAUGUCACCGGAGCAGGCUCCGGCUUUAAGUACCGGAAGGUCAUUGGACCAGCAGGUGGACGCCAGUUCACCGAACCACUCGAACUACUCGAAUCUCACGAACAGCACCAGCGGCAGUAGUGCCAGCAGUCCCGCCUGUUCCUCCUCUUCGUCUUCCACAUCCUCGGCGCCGCAAUACAGCGAGGACAUACGGCGAGGAGCAGUGGCAGGGCCAGCCAAUCCUCAUGGCCAGCAGGGGUCCAAUGGUUCCACCAAAACCUGUGAACUGGAUGUGGGCGAAGAGGAGCGGGACACUUUCUCGCCCGUUUCCAGCCCGGACUGCAAUGGAGCCGCCGCCUCGGUGGAUGUCCUGCCCUCCGCGAGUGGCUCUGUGGACAACAAGAUUUACGAGAGAGGCAGUGCACCCUUCAAGCCGCCGUCAAAGGAGGAGAAGCAGCGUCAGAACGAGGAGAUCGUCUGCAUGGAAACGUCGACAGUAUCCACGGAAACGGGAUCCUGGGAGUCCAUGUAUCCCGCAGCAGCGCCGGUAGCAGUUCCCGACGAGGAGGAGAUCGAGGAGCCGAUAUCUACGUCAGUCUUUAAAGGAAUCACCGCGAGCUGUCUGCUGCGAGACCUCGAGAAGCGGGAUCAGCCCUUGUCCACCUCCGGGACGAGUGCCUGCUUCAUAGACGCCUCCUCCCUGCGGGAUGAGGACGAGGUGCUGUCGUUCCCCAGCCUAGAUGGCCACGCUCAAGAGGAGGAGACUGAGGAAGCGGCUGCCGAGAAGGAGGAGGAUCCAGAGCCAUCCCCCACCCAGCAGCUGGAACAGUUCCAUAAGGCCUUUGCCCGGUGCAAAGGCGGCAGACUCAGUCAGGAUAGGGAGCAGGAGGAACCGGACAGGGAGCCGGAUCAGGAGAGGGAACCGGAAGAACUCUUGGAAGACCCUGUGGAAGAGCGCCCGGCCGCCAUGUCCGUGCCCUAUAGCUUCCAGCACAAUGCCCAGCAUUUCAGUGUGCAUCCCCUGGGCAGCAGCCCCAAGUUCACCCACCACAUCCACCAGCACCAGAACCACCACCAUCAGCAGCAGCAGCAGCACCACCCCGAUCUCAGCUACACCACGGACUACUCCUCGAGCAGUCCGGCACCCAGUCUAGCAUACCAAGGAGCAUCUGCUUCCGCCUCCACGCCCCACAACUCGAUGGUUCAUAUUGAGCCCGCCUCCGCGGGAAGCAACAACUCCUCCAUCCACAGGGACUACACGCUAUCUUCCUCGCUGUCGCACCACAGGGACUCUGGAGCCUACUGCAGUGACGCCACGGACUCGCCGCUGCCUCUGCCCCGCACCCCGAAGCGGAGUUCCAAGUUCGACGAAGCGAAUCCCAUUGUCUCCGGCGGGGCGUCCAUCGAGGACUUCCGGGAGAAGCAGUGCGAGAGUCCGAGCAUCAAGCGGCGCACAGACACCUGUCCGAUCGUCUCCGGAGGCUUUGUGUCCCUGGACUUUGCUCCCACACGCCCCUUGGCCGAUGAGGACGACGACGAGGAUCUGGGCGAGGAUGCCGAGAUAGCUGGGGUGGAGCUGAGAGUCAAGACGGGCAUGCCGAGGAAGCCUGUUUCCGGCAUAGCCUCCUGGGUGGUGGACAUGAGCGACUGCCGGCCGGAGCGGCGGCGGAGCACCAGCAGCACCACCUCCAGCUUCCGGGAGCGCUCCGACUCCAACAGCUCGCACAAGAGCGGCUGUGGCUUCUACGUUUCGCUGGAUGACAUGGACAGGAAGCCGUCGCAGGAGCAGCAGGCCAAGCCCGCCGCCUCGGCCACUCCCUCGCAGCUCAGCAAGUCCUACACGGCGCCCAAGUCGGCCGGGUUCUUCGUGGACCUCUCCAACAGCGGCAAAGAGGAGGAGCAGCCGGAGCCGGCCCAGACCCAGGAAGAUCCCAAGCCGGAACCCAAGAACAUCUUCAGCAUGUUCAUAGACAUUGGAGAUCAGAAGACUCCCCGUUCCAAUGGCCGCAAGGAGCCGCUCAGCCUUGCCCAGAGACUGUCCAGCUCCCUGAGCUCAUCGGCUGGCCGGAGAGGAGACUCGGAGGUCAUGAAGUCCAGUGCCAGCUCCACGGAGACCCUCAUGGCCAAAAGCGCCAAUCAAAAGGAGCUGGGAGCAGGAUCCUCGGGCGCUGGGGCUGGUGAGAGCAAGUCGCUGGAUUACAGAUGCAACCUGGAGCCACCUCUCACGGUGGCUGCACUGCGUCGCCUUUCGCAGCAGCAGCGCCAGCAAAGCGAUCCCUCGAAGCGCCACAGCUGGGGCAGCAAUGGUCCGCCCGAGCAGGCGAAUGGAUUAGGAAAGGUAUCGGGAGUCGGGAAUGACUGCAAGAGGUCCAUCAGUCUGACGGCGAACGGAGUCAAUGGAUCGGACUCGGGGGCGGGACUGAUGAGCAUCAUCGACAAGCUGCCGAUCAUCUCGAAGGCGUCUUCCCUCUCCAUCGACAGCUCCAUCUCGCCUUACGACGACUACAGUGGCUCCAACCCCGGCCUGAGCAGUGCCUCCGAGGAGGAGCAGGCCCAGGUGCAGGGCAGGAUCAAGAAGCGGCGGCGGGAUGCCCAACUGAACGAGACCUACGACAAGAGCAGCUUGGCAUCGGUCACCGAGGGAGUGCUCUCCAAGGACCUUUCGCCGGCUUCCAACACAGACACGGACGACCUCACCUUCCAGCAGGACGAGCAGCUGGCCAAGGAGCAGGCGGAGUUGAUGCCCACUGUACCGCUCCAGCUCAGCAGCAGCUCCAAUCGUACCAGCAGCGUGAUGGAGACCAUCAUCGAGGCCAAGGAGACUGCGUCGCCCAAGAAGCAGGUCACUCUCAGCAAUGGCCACACCAUGGAGUCGCUGCACGCCACCAUCGAGAAGCAGAAGCAGCUGCUGGAGACGGUCAACGAGCAUGGCGAGCAGCCAGGAGGUCAGCAGAAGCAUCCGCCGCCCUCGCAGAUUCCCUCCAGCUUCGUGAAGCUCUCCGACAUGGACAAGCCCGUGAAGCACGAUCUCCAGUCGCCGGAUUCGAUGAGCAAGAGUGUGGGCAACAAUCACAGGAGCUCCCAGCUGGGUCAGCGCCUCUACCGGGAUGACAACCACCGGGGGGCCCGGCCCCACUCCUGGGCCAUGACCCGCUCCACCGGCAACACGCUCCAGAACUUCACCAACUCGGUGGACAACAUUCGCAGCCUGUCGCGACUCUUCCCCAACUUCUCGAAGGAGUUCUCCAACUCCCUGCCCAACGACAUGACCCUGGAGCAGGGCCAGCAGUCGGCAGGACAGCAGGUGGACUACAUCCAGACCGAUCUCAGUGCCGACUCCAGUCUGGCCUCCAGCUUCAGUCGCUCCGGCAUGGAUGAGUCUUCGCUGAGCUGCCGGCAGCCACGGCGCCUGGGGGAGGACUUGCUCAAGAUGUUCCUGCAGGAGAUAGCCACCGACAUGCUGGUGGAGGUGCACGGGCGCCGCAUCCGCGCCCACAAGUGCAUCCUGCGCUCCCGAUGUCAGUACUUUGCCGCCAUGCUAGCGGGCCACGGGGCCCAGAGUGUGGUGUCCCUGCAGGGUUACUCCUACGCAGCGGUGCACUUUGCCCUGUGCCACAUCUACUCCGGCGCCUCGCAUCCUCCGGAUGGCAUUAGUUUGAUGGAGCUGGCCGCCCUCGCCGAUCUCCUCGGCCUGGAGGGCCUCAAGGAGGUCACCUCGCACGCCCUGAAGACGAACUACUGCCACAACUUCCACAAGCCCUGCUCCGGCUGCACGGAUGGCAUUCUGCAGGUCCUGCCCGUGGCCUUGAACCACGCCCUGGACGAUCUGUACAGGAAGUGCCUACGCUGGACGUGUCGCCACUACCUGAAGGUCUGGCCAACCAGGCAGUUUGCCCAGCUCCCGCCGGAUAUUCUGGGAAGAUGCCGCCAGCAGAUCGUGGCCUAUUUGACCUCGGAGACGGUGCUGGACACAGUGCUCGACUGCGACCACCUGUUGGCCCAGCUAUCGGCCUACCGUUGGGGCCACGUCUGCGAGCAGCUGGUCCGGGACAUCCUGGACGCAGCCUACGCCUAUGUGGGUGACCACUUUGCCAGUCUGAUCGCCAGCGACGCCUUCCUGUCGCUCGGACACGACCGCAGCCGGCACAUUCCGCGCCUGGAGACGCUUCUCCUGCACACCGCCGCCGAACUGACUCCGGAACAGGCUUGCCGCAGCUACCAACGGGUGACCCGCUUGAACACGGUGCUGCAGGCCAAGAUCAUCCAGAUGCCGGCCAGCUUGGGUCAGUCGGAGCUGGCGCGGGAGCUGCAGGGCCUGCAGGAGGAGCAGCUGGACUGGCAGCCGGAAUACAUUCGGCUGGUGGGCGCCCUCGUCUAUGCCGUGGAGCAGUGCCUCAUCCGACAGUGCUCCCGGGCCAUGCGGGUCACUGCCUGGCAGCGCAUGGAUCUGGAGCUUCGCAAAAAGAUUCAGACCCUGGCCCGACUCACCGAGCCCCUGGACAUGAAGCGUCAGAAUGGCAAGCCGGUGAGCAAGGCCUUCUCCUUUGGCGGCAGCACUCGCAGUCAGGAUCUGGUGCAGAUCAAGCUGGCCAUCCAGGCGCAGACUAAGCGAGCCCAGGCCCUGGAGACGCAGCAGUACAAGGCCACCCAGACCCAGGAGGCGGCCAAUCAUGUCCAGACGACGGAAAGGGGUGUGCAGGCCAAUCAUGAGCCAAGGGAGAAUAAAAUCCUGAAGUCCAACUCCAGGGCCUAUGUCCCUCAUCGGGCCAGUUCCCAGGUGGCCUCGGAGCGAAACAGCUUGAAUCUGCAUCGUCGCACCCAGUCGGAGGCACCACCAGUCACACACAAGAAGCAGGCUUCAGUGACCGCCACCGCGACAGCCAGUGAAACCAAGAAGGAAGCCCCUGGAAAGGCGCCAGCCAAGUUGGGCGAAGUUCGAGCUCGUUAUCUGGAGCCAAGGAAGCCAAGAGCUGCUACUACGGCCACCACAAAUGGCGGACCUGUGCGCAGUGCCACCAGCUCGAGUGUGCCAGCCAAUGGCGGGAGGAAGGCACCGGCCAAGAACCUGCACAUCUCCUCCAGCGACAGCUCCAGGAACUCGAGUCCAGCGGCACGAAGAAUCCAAAAUGGGACGCGGCUGGGCAACAAGUCGAGUAACCUGUCCAUGGACAGCUUGGCAAAGAGCGGCUCGCGCGGACCACAGGAUCGCUACUCCUCCGACCAGAACUCGCUGGCGGAGAGCAUGAAGAGCUCGGUGAUCACCAACAAGACGAUCUCGCACGAAUCGCUCUCGGGCAGCUCCAAGCUGGCCCGAGUACAGCAGUUGAACGGCCAUGCCAAGGGAGCUGCGGUGGGCAAGGUCAAGGCCACCCAACGAGGAUCCACGGUGGGCAACAAGUCCACCCGCCAGCUGAAGCAGCAACACAAUGCAGUGGCCUCGAACGGCUCCAGUCCCAGCUCCGUGCACACCACCAAGUCGGCAACGAGUCGCCUGUCCUCGGUCAGCAGCACAUUCUCGACGCGGGAGCUCUUCAAGCAGCGAUCCAUUUCGGUGCCGGCGGGAGAGAAGGAAGCCGCUCCGGCCAAGGGAAGGCACAGCUUCCUGUCAGCCAAGUCCCGGGAGAUUCUGGCCAAAAGGGCGGAGAAGAACAAGCUCCAACAGCAGCAGCAGAAGCAGACCCAGGAGGACCAAGUGCAGCUGCGUGCCUCCGCCGGGCCCUUGCGCUCCUCCUCACAUUCCGCAGUCACCAGCAUGCUGCAGCAGCACAAUCUGCGCAACAGCCUGCCCUCCAACAUUCCCACCCGACGCCCGAACACGCUGCACCUGAAGAAGACCACCGCGGUGACCAACGGCACUGCCAAGACCACCACGAACGGCCUGACGAACGGCUCGUACAAGGCUGCCCAGGCGGUUAAACAGAAGCUGGAUCUGCUCAUCGAUGCCCAGAUGGUGGGGGAAAGUGGGGCGGCCGUGGAUCGAGUGGAGUCCAAGCUGGAACGCUCGAGCACCUUCUGCAAGGAGAGCGCCGAUCUGGAUAUCAGUGAGCUGCAGAUUGUGGAGUAGGAAAGUCAAGAGGUCGUAUCGAAUAUGGCCCCAGAUGGAAUAUACCGAAUCCAGAACCG